AUGGCCGCCGACCCCGAGAGCCUGGACGUCGAGCUGGCUGCGGCCGUCUUCAAAGAGAUGGGAGACGUGAUAGAGGAGGAGGCAAAACUCAGACAAGCCGAGGUUUUUGAGCUGGUUCCAGAUGACGAGCGGCAGUGUUACAAGUGCAAAACGACCUGUUUCCUGUCGGCGCUGACCUGCUCCUGCAGCCCCGACCGCCUGGUGUGUCUCCACCACACCAAGGACCUCUGCGACUGUCCGCUCGGCCACAAGUGUCUUCGGUAUCGCUACGACCUGGAGGAGCUCCCCUCCAUGCUGUACGGCGUGAAGACCCGGGCGCAGUCCUACGACACCUGGGCCAAAAGGGUCACCGAGGCCCUGGCAGCAGACCAGAAAAAUAAGAAAGAUCUCAUCGAGCUGAAGGUUUUGCUGGAGGACGCGGAGGACAGGAAGUACCCCGAGAACGCCUUCCGCCUGCGCUCUGAGAGCAGCCGCAGUCGCAGUAAACUGACGGUGGACGAGCUCAAAGCCUUCGUGGAGCAGCUCUUCAAGCUGCCCUGCGUCAUCAGCCAGGCCCGACAAGUCAAAGAGCUGCUGGAGAAUGUGGAGGACUUCCACGAGCGAGCCCAGGUGGCGCUGUCCGACGAGAUGCCCGACUCCUCCAAGCUGCAGGCCCUGCUGGACCUGGGCAGCGGGCUGGACCCUCACCGCGUCACCCUGGAGCUGAUGAAGAGGCUGAUCGACUCGGGCGUGGGCCUGGCCCCGCACCACGCCGUGGAGAAGGCCAUGGCCGAGCUGCAGGAGGUCCUCACCGUCUCUGAGAGAUGGGAGGAUAAGGCCCGCGCCUGCCUGCAGGCCAGCAUGGUGACCCUGGAGAGCAUUGUGCUGGAGGCCCGGAACAUCCCGGCCUACCUGCCCAACAUCCUGGCCCUGCGCGAGGCCCUGCAGAAGGCCAAGGAGUGGACCUCCAAGGUGGAGGCCAUCCAAGUGGGCAGCAGCUACGCCUACCUGGAGCAGCUGGAGUCCCUGCUGGCCCGCGGGCGCUCCAUCCCCGUGCGGCUGGACCCGCUGGCCCAGGUGGAGUCCCAGAGCAAGCGGAAGCGCGUGAAGGAGCUGAUGGAGAAGGAGCGGGGCGGCUUCGACCCCGAGGCCCUGAGCGACCUGGAGGAGAGCCUGGAGGAGGUGCGGGACCCCUCCACCGUGGUGGCGGCCUUCAAAGCCAAAGAGCAGAAAGAAGUGGAGGCCAUCCACUCGCUCCGGGCCGCCAACCUGGCCAAGAUGGCCAUGGCCGACCGCAUCGAGGAGGUCAAGUUCUGCCUGUGCCGGAAGACGGCAAGCGGCUUCAUGCUCCAGUGCGAGCUCUGCAAGGACUGGUUCCACGGGGCCUGCGUGCCUCUGCCCAAGACGGGGACCCAGAAGAAGGCGGGCGCGGGCUGGCAGAGCAACAGCAAAGAGGCCAAGUUCCUGUGUCCACUGUGCCAGCGCUCGCGGCGGCCGCGGCUGGAGACCAUCCUCUCGCUGCUGGUGUCCCUGCAGAAGCUGCCCCUGUCCGUGCUGAGCCAGCGAAUGGUGGAGCAGGCGGCCCGGGAAAAGACCGAGAAGAUCAUCAACGCUGAGCUGCAGAAGGCCGCAGCCAACCCAGACCUACAG